CCAGAUUUUGAAGUCCCAUUCGUUUUCUUUGUAGCCUCGUUUGAAUGUCGCGGUUGCGCACAUUUGUACGGAAUGGGUGUUCUGAGUUUUAUGGUUCCGACCACUUCGAUUUGCAUCGUUCUAACGUACCAGCAUGGCACCUAAAAUGAGAACCCGUGGAACCACAAGAACACUACAAUCCAGCAACGAUGAAGAGACAAAAACUAAUGCCCACAGUGAGGAUUCCCCAUUGGAGGUUGGUCAGGCAGUCAGGGGGAAGAGGAAAGGUUGUGGAAAGACUGGAAAACAGGAGAGUUCAAAGGCAAAAAAAUCCCCUGUACAACCACAGUAUUGUCACUGGCUGAUGAAGUCAGAGCCAGAGAGCCGCUUGGAAAAUGGCAUAGAUGUCAAGUUUGGGAUCGAGGAUCUGAAGACUCUUCCCAACCAAACUGGGUGUUGGGAUGGUGUUCGGAACUACCAAGCCCGUAACUUCAUGCGAGACAUGAAAGAGGGGCAGCAUGCAUUCUUCUACCACAGCAACUGCAAGGAGCCUGGAAUAGCUGGAGUUAUGAAGAUUGUAAAGGAGUCCUAUGUGGACCACACUCAGUUUGACAAGAAAGAUGUCCAUUACGACGCCUCCAGCAAGGCAGACAACCCCAAAUGGAGUAUGGUUGAUGUCCAGUUUGAGAGGAUGUUGAAGCGCUUCAUUCCUCUGUCUGAGUUGAAGAAGAUCCACCUGCAGCACAAGGCCAAAGGCGGGUCCCUGAAUGGCAUGGCUCUCUUCACCAGGGCCAGGCUGUCUGUCCAGCCCCUUACCAGUGAGGAAUUUGAAUUUGUCCUGAGUUUGGAGGACAAUGACCCACUGUGAAGAUUUUGACAAGAUGACCUGGAGAGAAGUUUUCCUGUAUUGUGUAUGAUGAUGCUGCUGCUAAUAUGUUUACUGUAGGUGAGAUCUAUUGAACCAUUAUGCUUGUAUUAAAUGGAAAUUGUCUCAAGGUUUCUGUGUUUGUCAAGAGACAGCCUGGAUUUUUAUUUCUAAUAUUAAAGAGGUAUUAUUGACAGUU